UGUCACUGUGCGCGGCGGAGGGAUACAACAACCAAUGUCAUCGUGGUGCUGAGGCUUUUGCAAACCAAAAAUGUCUGCCUAAGGGAAACUCGUAACUGAUAUAUAUAGAGGAUAUUUCACACAGGUGUUGCCUUUUUAACCCACAUUUCGCUCCUUUGAGGCGUUUUGCAAGAAACCGAGUCUUCACCAGAUCACCCUAGUCGGGAUUUUAAUCGGAAAAAAGAUACAUUACUGCAGCCCUGAGGAGCUGCAUGUCUGUGCCACCCAUGCAUCUCUCUUUUUAAAUCAACGCAAACUAAAGGUUUCUAGAUCGGCAGGAUGAAUCCUCAGCAGCGGAUUGCCGCUCUCGGAACAGACAAGGAAUUGAGUGACCUGCUGGAUUUCAGUGCGAUGUUCUCCCCACCUGUGAGCGGAGCGAAGAACAGGCCCACCACCCUGGGAAGCAGUCAGUUCACUGCAGCAGGUGUGGAUGAGCGGACCAACCAAGCGCCUUGGGCCCCAGGUGGCGAGCCCAGUCCCCCCUACGAGUCCUCCCGGGGUUUCGCCGACAGCCCUCAUUACGGCGAUCAUUUGAGUGACAGUCGAUUAGUGUCCCAUGAAGGAUUGUCCCAAACACCUUUCAUGAACUCCAACAUAAUGGGUAAAUCAGAGAGGGCUCCGUUUCCUGGCUGUGGGAGGAAUCCUGGAGCAUCUGGCGGCCAGUCUUCCUCUGUAAGGUCGGACGUCGGGAUGCCGAGUCCAAGUCCGGUGACUCCGUCAGGGAAGUCUUCUGCUCCUUUCUACUCCUUCGCUGCAGCAAAUCCUAGAAGACGUCCUUUGCAAGAUCCUCCAAUCAGUGAUCCUCUACAAACAAAAAAGGUUCGCAAGGUCCCUCCUGGCCUGCCUUCAUCUGUGUACGCACCAUCUCCAAAUUCAGAAGACUACAACAGAGACUCCCCUUCUUAUUCUUCUCCUAAACCCUCCAGCAGUAUGUUUGCAAGCACUUUCUACGAUGGUACCCACAGUUCGUCUGAUCCUUGGAACUCGUCCAAUGGGAUCAGUCAGCCCAGCUACGCGGGAAUGCUCUCUGGAUCUUCAUCUCACAUGCAACAGUCAGGAAACUACAACAGCAUGCACGCACACGACCGAUUGAAUUACCCCGCACACUCUCCUGACAUCAAUGCCAGUCUUCCUCCCAUGUCCAGCUUCCAUCGAAGCAACAACAGCACUUCACCAUUCAUCACCGCAGCGCAUACCUCGUCUGUUAACACAGGCGAUGGGGUCAUGGUUGCUGCAAAUCGGGGGAACACCACUGGGAGCUCACAGACUGGAGAUGCAUUGGGCAAGGCUUUAGCCUCGAUUUACUCACCUGACCACACUAGCAGUAGUUUUCCCUCCAACCCGUCGACACCUGUGGGUUCUCCUUCACCUCUGACCGCCCCAGUAGGGGCUGCCUCAGCAGGGACCGUGGGGGCCGCUGCUGGCCCCCCGUCUGGAAGGCCAGGUACCAACCAGUGGCCCCGCGCUGGAGGACAGACUCCGUCCUCUCCAAAUUAUGAGAACUCCCUUCACUCCCUGAAAAACAGAGUUCAUCAGCAGUUACAUGAGCAUCUCCAGGAUGCCAUGUCUUUCUUAAAGGAUGUCUGCGAGUCUCGAAUGGAGGAUCGUCUGGACAGACUGGAUGAUGCAAUCCUUGUUCUGAGGAACCAUGCAGUGGGCUCCACCACCAGUCUGCCCAGCGACAUACACAGUCUGCUGGGACAGGCACAAAACGGGCCAAUCGCAGCCCUCGGAGCAAACUUCCCCGCCUCUGCAUUGGCUCCGAGUCGGACAGCAGCGAUGCAGGGUGGUGCCCACGCUGACGAUGCUGCAAGCCUCAACAACAGCCACGGAGGCCUGCCCAGCGCCGGCUCCACAUCCACUGCAGAACUCAAUCACCAAUUGGAAACCUUCAGAGGUCUGGCUUCUGCUCUGGCUGGCCAUCUGCCCGGCUCUCUGGGGCUGAAGCUGGAGAAACAUGACAAAGAUGACAUGAACGAUAACCUUUCCAACGAUGACAAGUCGGAUGAUGAGGGCGACAGAAAAGACAUGAUGACACCCAGAGGAGGCACACGCACGAGUUCGUUCUCACACAGCAUUACUGAGGAUGAGGACCUGAACCCGGAGCAGAAGGCCGAGCGUGAACGCGAGAGGAGGAUGGCUAACAACGCCCGUGAACGCCUAAGGGUGCGAGAUAUCAAUGAAGCCUUUAAAGAGCUCGGUCGCAUGGUCCAGCUGCACCUGAAGAGCGAGAAGCCCCAGACUAAACUGCUCAUCCUCCAUCAGGCUGUGGCUGUCAUACUUAACCUGGAGCAUCAAGUCAGAGAGAGGAAUCUGAACCCCAAAGCAGCCUGCCUUAAGAGGAGGGAGGAGGAGAAAGUGUCCCCGGGCUCCGGAGACCAUCCAGGCCUGGCCGACUCAUCCAACCCCAUGGGCCACCUCUGAGCAGCAGACAGAUCAAAGCGAUCCACAUCAUUUCUGUUCCGUUUGAGUCGGUGACCUUGCUUCUCAAUGACAGAAAGGACUCACAGUUUGUGACACCAAUCGAAGGAGACAGACCACUUGAAGCAAAAAACUACGAGACUAACACAAUCCAGUCCUAGAAGAUUGAAGAAGAGCCAAGCGAAGCGUCCAGCUCCCUGUGACCAGUUUCCAUCUGCAAAUUUCUCCCCACAAAGAAAAAGUCUUCAGCACAUAUCACUGUCUGCAAGAAGUGUUGUUGCUUCUGAACAAUCAGAGACUUCGCAAUCUCCUCCAACCAUACGUGGAAAUUGCCUUGUGCCUAAACUGAAUUGACAAAUGCAUUGUAACAGCAACUUUUUUGUUUGUCUGUUUCUUUUUUUCCUUCUAUUUAUUAUGUUAUUGAACUAUAAAGUGUAUGUCUAAAGGGAAAGUUGAGCAAAUUCAAGAGAAGUAUGCUUUUCAGUUUAUCUAUAGUUUGCCAGUGUCACCAUUAAAACUGAGCACUCCCCCCUGAAGCUAAAUCUCUGGCGAGUCCAAGAUGAGGGGGCGAUAUUUGAGCACUGAGAAAAUUAAUUUAUUGGCCAGAUAGAGUGAUAUUUAUAGCCGACUGUCAAUGAUCACUAGCUUUUAGAAAUAAAGAAACACCUGCCCCAUUAAAAAAAAGAAGAGAGCAUAUAUUAUUUAUAUUUAUAUUUAAUCUAUACUGCCACUGACCACAUCAGUAACCAAAACUCCCGGCUCCCAGUUUAUGUGAUGAGGACCCCGAGAAUAAUUGUAAUGUUAGCAAAAACUAUAUUGUCUAUUCGAGGUGAUAAAUGGCAAACUCUAGGUUUACUGAAAGCUCAGGUGACGUUGUGUGUUUUUCAUCGUAAGGGAGAAGUGAAAUGUUUGCCAACCUUAGCAUUCCCUGCAUAUUUUUUAGUGUCUUAACUAAACGAAAAGAGGAUUUUAUUGCCCUUCCUUUCGCCAUAUAGUGUUAAAUGUAAGCAAUAACAUAUUGUUGCAGAUCCGUCUUGAUUAGGAUGGAUUUAAAGAAUGACGACGACCACACUUUCUCCUGGCCUGAUAAAAACUUCACUUUGUUUUCUCUGUUAAUAUCAAAAGACAUUUUCAAACGCAGUUAUUCUGAGUAAGAUUUUUAGUUAUGCUUAUUUGUGUCGUAACAGGUCAUUUGUUAGGCUUCCAGCAUUAUCACAUCCAGUUCCAGUCCGUUCUAACUUAUUUUCUGCUAUAUUUUUAUCCAAUAUACAAAAACUAACUAGAUAUUUCCUGCAUUGUUGGAAUAUCAAAGAACUGUAGCACAAUAAUGAACAAAACACUUUACAAGAUUUUCUUUUAUGUUUCAAGACAUUCAUGGCUUUCAUUUCCCUAUCAGUGUGCAUGCUUUAUGUUUCUCUUUGGUCUGAAGACUUGCUUUAUAUUCCAUUUAUUGCUUUGUAUAUUGUCUUCUAUCAUUAUAUACACCUUAAACAAGGCUGCCACAUUCAGGAUGAAUAGACUCUACAAAAAAGGGACUACAAUUACAAUAAAGGAUGCCUCACGAACAGUUUACAGUAAAUAUUCAUGAUUUAAAAUUGUUGUUCUGUAAAGAAAGAAAAAAACCCAAACCAAUGUUGUGAAUUUUUGGAUUUGAUAAGGCCUUGUUAUAACUUCAGUAUUCAUGAUGGCAGACUUUGAUUGAGGGUGUAAUGUGUGUCACUUCCUGCUCUUCUUUUAUUUCAUGUGUUCCUAUAUUUCUUUGCUCCUCUGUUUGCCAAGUUAGACUUUGCUGUAUUCCCAGAUGCUUUCCCUUGUAUAAUAUAUGAGAAAAAAGAACAUUUAAAAAAGAAAAAAAACAUUUGGCUUAUUUUUCACUGUAGUUAGUCUUUUAUACAAUAAUACUGUAAGAAUAUUUCUUGAAUUCUAAAUAUUACUCUUUCUAGAUUUUUGAAAGCAAAAGUUUUGAGUAAAAAGUUUCUUACUUUAUUUUACUAUAUUAGAUAGUAAAAUGUAUGGUUAUUUACAAUAGCCUGUCCAUUAUUACAAGAUAUUCAGAAUUGCCAUCUAAAGCGCAAAGCAGAAAUGCUGCUCGUAGUCAAAUACAUCAAAAGACUAUGUACAAGCUCCAAAUUACAAAAAGUACGACCUCAUUCUUAAUUUUCAGUGUCUCGUUGUUGAUUGAUAAAAUAUUGUCAAAUGAAAAGGUAUUGUUGAUGCACAUCGAAAAAACUGCGGCAACGAGGAUUAGAAUUUUCUGUCUUUUCCAACAGAAAAACACAAUGUAUAUAACAUUUAUGUUGCAAUAAAUGUGCCAUCUUUUUUCUAAA